AUGGGCGAGUGCAACACCAAGCCGUUGAACGAAAGUGCUACGGUUAUGACUGUCGAGGAAGAGGCGCGGAUCAUGGCGUGGACGAGGGGAUAUAAAGGGUGCGGUAGCGUUCAAAGGGAGCGCAGGCUCACAAUCCCAGACGGCGGAUGUUGUACUAGACAGCGAUAUGUUACAGACUCUUCCGGGGUUAAAGUGACAGUACUCGUAACUAGCGUGGUCGUCGAAGAGGGCUUGAGACGGGAUUUUCCGGUCGGAAGAACGACCCCCGAUAUUCCACAACAAAGGACCUGGCGUGAUCGUCUGGCAUUCGGAAACGAGAGUCGUUUGAGCCAAACGCUGGAUGGAGACCACGAUAAGGAAGCGCAGACCACCACGAGGGAAGCGUUUCUCGAGCUGAAGCAUUCGGAGGGCGUUUACCCGUGCAUCUACAAGGUUUACCUAGGAACCAGAGACGAGGACACAUUCGGCCAGACUCAAAACGAGCAUGCUCCUAUCACUCGCUACACAGAGAACACCGCGUUCGAGACAGUCGUCCCUGCAGUUAUAGUGACCGUGCUUGCAACUGCGUACGUCACGUUUUACCCGGUCCUUCUCUCGUUCACAAUUCUUUCAGCGCACGGUCCUCAUGUCGAUGAUAUCAACACGCAGCGAAUGGGACAGCGCUUGCCCUAUAUUCUCUCGCCUCAACUCUACCCUGUCGACGCGCAGGACAUGUUCAAACAUACGCACAUUCCUUGGCUUCUCUGCUUCGAACAUUGGGGCCGAACGUUCACACUCGCCAUCGAGCCGGGAACAAACACGUUUGCACCGUUACCGUUGAAACUAGACCUGUAUACGCACCGAUGUGGCGUCUCUUGCCGAGUCGGUGGAAAGAUUGCGAUAUGUUUCACUUCACGCACAAACGAGCAGGCAUGGACGCACAUAAUCAUGAAUGUUUCUGCACAGAUUAUCCCAUUGGCAGGAGGUCCUGUCGCGUUAAGGCCCAAGUCUCAUAUGCAGGAGAACUGUCCCCUCGCGCUAACUAUACGGAACCUUUUCCCUGGGCCAUUGUCACCGCUUGCACUGCUGGUUCUGGUUCUUGUCAUCGAUCGGAUGGGCCCAUCAUUACGCGCGACCGCAUCGUCGCUCCUUCUUCUGUUCCGCAAGCGGAUGAAGAUGCGUAAAGUACCUCCACUUCAUCCUUGA